AUGCAGCGUGAAGGCGGAGGAGCCAGAGCGCGUAUUCACAGCAUUUCGCACGAAACAUAUAUCGACAACGAGCCAUUCCAGGAUGUUUUCAGUGAGGAAUUGGAAAAGGGCCAUUCAUGGAACUCUGGCUCUCGCAGGGGCCGCUCGUGGAUUACUUCGACAAUCCUCUCAGUUUUACAUCACGCAUCCCCUCGAAAUAUAGUGCGAAAUAGCUUCCAAAGGCCAACUUACGCCCUCAAACGACUGCCACUCUUACUUCUGGCACUCCUAAUUACAUGGUUCCUCUUCAGAUCCGAUGUAAUUGUCAAAUCUAGGCAUACGUUGAUCUACCAUGAAGAGGACCUUCGAAGAAUUAUCGAGUGGGAGAUACUCUCUGGUCAUUGGAUGUCAUGGAGACCAUUGAGUUCCUGGUUUGGCCCUCCGCGAAACCCUUCAUUACCAUCGCCCGUCGGCUAUGACGAUGGAGAUCAUCCAGGAGGUGUGACUGGCUGCGGAUGGGCGAGGAAAUACAUCUACCCACAAGACAUGAUCGCCAAUAAUACGAAUAGCAACAGCACGUUUACUCGGUUUCACCCCUUUCCACCACGUCCGAUUGCAGGAAGUAUCGUCGACUUUGAUGUAAUCAGUCAAAGGUGUGACCAUGUCACCGGUCAAUAUCUUCGCGACUGCCUCGAGUAUCUCCAAGUCGGCGGGGCGCUCAAUGAUGGCCUGGCCCAUGUCCAUCCCCUUGUCUUCAAAAAGACAGACGAGCCGGAAGAAGAGGACGCGAUGAUCAGACCCACGUUUCUAAUAGGCAGUAAUCGGCCACCAAAACGGCGACCUCUCCCUCCGCCAUCCGAAUGGCGCUAUUUGUAUAUGGAAGAUAGGUGGAGCACGCAUGCACCAAUGAUGGAAUGGUCGCGCUAUGCCGGUGGAAAGGGGCUCGAAAAGCCUCUCAGUCUACCUACGCCAGUUCCCCCACCAGGAGGUAUCCCCGCGUAUACGAUUGGUGUGGGAACUGUAGCAGUUGGAAAAGCUCCAGAAAUGACGAGAGAAGAUGCCAAGAAGAACUUCAAGUGGGCUCCAGGUCAAUGUGACGCCGAGUAUCCUCGACGCUUUCAUACCUACUUGGAAGGCGAGCUAGAUGAGACGACAUACAUGACCCUAUUAUCCUUCCUCUACACCCAAAACGUUGGACUGCAUCUUCCAUCGACCAAUCAAACGUCUAUCCCUUGUCGACCAGAGUUUUGGGUAUGGGUCAAAGACUUGGGGCCAGACGAGUCCCAAUGGAAGAACAAACUGCUCAAGAGCCCUUUUGCCCAUAUUCUUCUCAACGGACGUUUUUCGCAUGUCAUCAAAUUCAAGAAUUGGAACGCGACGGAGCAAAUGGAUGCCACACCAGAAUGGUCGUCCGAGUGGCGUGACGCCGCGCGUCUCGACAGGCGACCAAAGAAGAAAAAGCUCAUGCAAAAAGAUGAGGCAGAAGAGCCAAGCUUUGUCUUUGUGGGGCCUACCGCAGGCGAUCAAAUACAUCAGGUGUACAAUAUCAGUAUGGCAAACACUGCUCGUUGGACAAUCCCGCAUAAUCAUGGUGGCAUCUUCGUCGAACGAGGUGUUUUGUUCAUGCGGGAUUGGGAGGAGAUUUGGAACUAUCGAGGCGCAUUUGCGACACGGUCCGCUCCCCAUACAUACCGCAACGCCGUAAUUAAACUCAACAAGCACUCGGCUUUGGGAAAGUUUGUGUUUAGAACGGCGUUGAGGCAUGGGCUCGCACUGGAUGCGCGGUCCGUUGGGACGUAUGCGGAUGAUGGUGGACUUAUCGAGUUGCUUUAUCCGUUCCCGGAUAUGCUUGCUGAUCUUGCUGGAUGGAGCCACGAUAAUUAUCAAAAGAAGCGGCCUGCUGUGCCACUCCUUUCUAGCUCGAAUGAGUUUUUCGACCACAAUCCUUCCCAUUCGCCGCCAUCUCAGCUUGGACUACGAAAUUUCUUCAGAGGUGCAUGGUUCUACGAUUCGUCACCAUUGCUACAAAAUACACAUGAAACCAAUUCUACACAAUCGAUUUCGACCAUGGAGGCAAAACCUUUGUCGGAAUCGUCCUGGGCCGCAGUUCACAAAAGGACAUACGAGGCGUUCCUCCAUGGCGAGAUUCCAAAUAUGUAUGGUGAAUCCUCUAGAUGA